AUGGAUCAUAACACCGAACUUGCUAGCAACAUAUUUCUUCUCAUUUUAAACAUUUUACAAAUCUUUGCAAACUUAAUUGUGCUGCUAGCCUAUUUCACUGAUAAUCAACUUUUGGCUAAUGAAAAUAUCAUCCUUCUUGUUUCUCUUGCUGCUAUCGACCUUUUCUAUUCCACAUUAUCAAUACCGUAUUUAACAGUAUUAAUUAGUGGAUGGGUACCAAAUGGCACAGAAUAUCAUUACAAUCAGUAUAUCGUACUGGGUUUUGGUUCCAGUCCGGCUGCACUCAUGAAAAGUGGUUGCACAAUAACUACUUUAAUCGCGAUAGAUCGAAUUUGGGCAUUAUGGACUCCAAUGAAAUAUUAUGCUAUGAAUAAGAAACCCUUAUUAUGUGGCGGCUUUAUAUUUUCACUUUUAAUGGCAGGAUUUGAUUUUUCAUUAAUAUUUAUUUUAUCAAACGGUUUUAAACCGACAUCCACUUGUAGCGCUUUUGCUUGCUUUACUUCUGAGACAUUUCGUACCUAUUGGGGAUUAUCUAAUAUGGUUGUUAAUUUACUAUCAUGUUUAUUAACGAUUGUUGUUGCAAUGUUAUUGAAAACAAGAAAAAAACAAAAAGUUCAUGGUGCUGGAAAUAAUUCGUUAGUUCGAAAAAAAGAAGACAAAUGGGCAAGCCGUGCAUCAUUUUAUGUUCUCAUCGUAUCAGCAAUAUUUGGUGUUGUUCCAGGUGGAAUAAAUGGUUGCGCACAAAGAAUUCAAUCAAAUUUUAUUAAAACAUUAGCAUUUUAUAUUCAAUUAUGCGCAUCAAUUAGUGGACUGUCACAUGCAUUCAUUUUUGGAAUGGCACAUAGUCUUAUUCGACGUCGAAUCUUUGUAAUGCUAAAAUUAAACAAAUACUGCACCGAGCAAGCACCAAGAUUUUCUCAAAAUUCGGUUUUUCCAAUGACUAAUUUAAAUUAA